AAAAUUAGUCAUUUUCCAUUUUCCAGAUACAAAAGAACAACACAGAGAGGCCGUUGAGCAGACCCUACAGCAAAAGCAAAUCAAUGUACUCCAUGGCAGAAGGGCUAAAGCAUUUUAAAGUCCACCUUGCAAAAUCCAACUCCCUUAAUCUAACCAUAACUACAAGCAAAAAUUUGGCCACUACUAAUGCAGAUAGUGUGACUGAAUGGUGGACAGCAUUUGUAUUUUUGGCUCGUUUAUCUGCUUACAUUGCAGUUUUAGCUCGGAUGAAGUAGGAUCAGCUACCGAGACUAACCCUUUACGACAAGGAAAGGCAAUGGCAUUUACCUAUGGAACAUGCAAUAUAGAUUUAGAAUCAGGAUGUUGCAAUGCUAGUAGUGGUGAUAAUAACAGUAGUAGCAGCAAAAAAGCCUCGGCGGAAUUAUAUGAUGCCAAACUAUGCGUAAUCUGCUAUGAUGAGGAACGUAAUUGUUUCUUUGUUCCUUGUGGUCAUUGUGCUACCUGCUAUAUUUGUGCUCGAAGGAUUUUAAACGAGGAAAACAAGGUGUGUCCAGUGUGCCGGAGAUUCAUUGGCAAAGUAAGGAAACUAUUUGCCUAAUGGGAUUUAAUCAUUUGGCAGGUUAUGCAAUACUUUUGACGUACAUUUAUCUGGUAUUUUUCUUAUCUAAACUUCGUUCAUUAUAAACUCAAGAUACAAGAUAUAUAGUGAGAUAUACCUGAUCUCGCAUAUUUGUAGUUUAAGUACAUUAUGAACUAAGUAUAGGCAAAAAAUUUUCCAUGUAUCUCUAUUUAUUUCAUUGAGGAACCACAUAUUUGGAGCGAGAAAACUCUACAUAGAAAAUAUUCUAAAAUUUUCAUUGUC